AUGGACUCAAGUGUAAUACACCAAUAUCAUGAACUGGCCAAUAUGUCACAAACUAUUGCAGACGAUCAACCUAUAUGUGGUGAAGUAAGCUUAUCAAUGAAUUUUAAACUUAAAAACAUCAAAAAAUUUUUUAAAAUUCCAUUUUGAGAACAAUUUUAAAAUAAAAUUUUUUUAAAAUUUUAAUUUUUUUGAAUUUUUUGUUUUUCCCCAAUUUUUUAAUUAUUUUAAAAAAAAUUUCAGUACGAACAAUACACAUUGAUCAGAUUUGUUCUGCUAAGUUGCGCAUCAAUAGUGGCUAUGGCUGGUAUAGUAUGUAACGCCUUCUUGGUACUAUUCUUCACCACCAGAAAGUUGCCGAAUACCCCACCCACCUUAUAUCCGGGAGUUUUGGCCAUGUUAGAUUGGUGCAUGUGCGUCAUGUAUAUUGCAUUGUUUGGUACUGAUGCUGCUGUGGUUUAUUUGAAUAGUAAAGUAAGAUUUUGAACUUUGCUUUGACUUACCGCAGUUAUAACUCUCCUAUUGUACUCUUUUCUAGCCCACCUUACCUUACCCUACCCUACAAUACCCUACCCUAUCCUACCUUAUCUACCUUUAACUUACAUCUAGCCCUCUUCUGCUUAAUAUAAUAUAUAUUUGAAAACCGUAUUUUACCUUUUCUAGACGUUAUUCCUAAUAUACCACGCCUACGUUGUACCAGCAUUUGUGGUCGCCCGGAUUACUCAAAUUGCCAUUCCAUACAUGCUAAUCUUUGCAACAUUGGAGAGAUAUGUUUGGAUUACUUCACCUUUGUAAGUAUUAAUCAAAAUUUAAAACAAAAGUCUUACUACUACGAAGACUAAUUCUAAGCCUACUAAGCCUAAGCCUAUGCAAAGCCAAAAAUAGUUAAAAUUCUCAACUUUCCAUACCUAAAAUACCCUUUUCAGGGCAAACAACAUCCUAAAAACAAUGUUCAGUCGCCGUGGACGUCACGUUACAAUGGUAGUAACAAUGAUCAUCUGCAUCCUACUCCGACUGCCACUAGGCUGGUCGAUAAUCGUCUACGAAUUCCCCUCAUGUCCUGACUUUUUCCGUACCAAAAUGGCCAAUGUAGCCGAAUGGGCUAGCGAAUCCUACGCUUAUCAUGUCUAUGACUUCCACAUCCUAGGCAUCGCUCAAACAUUUGUACCGUUCGUAGUACUCGUGGUACUGAAUAUAAUGGUCGUGCGCAAGAUGAUUCGAGUACGAUCACAGUCAUGUGCCACUUCAGCUCGAAUGUCAUUGUCAGUGGAGGCGUCAACACCGUUCUAUGCCUCGCCAACGCCUUCAGAAGGAGCGAAGGCUGAGCUGGCUACGAAUGGAGGGUUUGCUUCCUUAAUUGUGCCACAAUAUGCAUAUAGACAGAAUAGUAUUGGCAAUGGCAAUUAUGAUAUGGGCUCGUUUAAUCGACCAAUGUCAAGAAGAACUGAUCGAGCAGUUAGAGCUGCUAUUUAUACUAUGCUGGGGAUUGUUACGUCGUAUCUUGUUAGUAAUUCACUUCAUUUGGUACUGACUAUCUUGGAAAGGUAUGUUUGGUUGCUUGAAUAGAAAAUAGUAAAUUAUUUUACAUUAUUGUAAUUAACUUACCAUACCGUAAUACUAUCUUCUACCCUGCCAUAUUAUACCUCGCCUCAUCCUACCCUACUCUGCUCUAAUUUACUCUGUCUUACCCUACCCUACUCUAUUUUACCCUGCCAUAACCUAUCUGCCUACCGUAUCCUACCCUAGUCUACCCUCCUUACCCUACUCUACCCUACCCUACCCUGCCCUACCCUACCCUACCUUAUCCUACUCUACCGUACCCUACCCUACCCUACUCUAUCCUUCCCUAACCUAACUUAUCCUACUCUAUCCUACCCUACUCACCCUACUCUUCCCUACCCUACUAUACCCAAUAUUACCAUAUCCGGCCCUAUCAUGCCAAUUGUUUCACGUUUAACCCAACUUUUUUCAGAUCCGGUUCCCCUCUCCUAAUAGACGUUGAAGACCCAGCCCGUGCAUCUUCGUUCCACACCUACUUUUCUGAUAUGGUAUCAUUCGUCUACAUGUUUACCAGCGCCGUACGAAUAUUGAUCUACGUUAUUUGUAAUCCAGCGAUUCGAAAAGACAUUGCCAAGCUUUUGCGCGACACUUUCGGCAAAUUUCGUAAAGUUCAAAGCAAACAAAAUGGUGAUGGACCUACUAUGCUCUAA